AUGGAAGCAAAGACUGUUCGUUUGGUGGUUGUGGGUGAUGGUGCUGUGGGUAAAACCUGUUUGUUGCACGUGUUUGCAAAAGGAGAAUUCCCCGAGAAGUAUAUUCCAACCAUUUUCGAUAAUUAUUCCUCCGAGAUUGAGGUAAACAAUGAAACCAUCAACUUUUUAUUGAUGGAUACUGCUGGACAAGAAGAUUAUGACCACAUUCGACCUCUGUCCUAUCCAGAUGCAAACGUCUUUUUGUUGUGUUUCGCUCUUGACAGCCCAACUUCUUUGGAUAACGUCAAAAACAAGUGGGUUCCAGAGGUUAGGAAGCAUAGACCAAACUGCCCUUUUGUUCUGGUGGGCACUAAGGCUGACAUCAGAGAAGACAAAACGGCCAUGGCAAAACAUAAAGAUCAAGGAACGGAAAUUGUCUCCAAAGAAAUGGCUGAACAAGUGGCAAAAAGUAUUAAAGCCGUAAAAUACAUGGAAUGCAGCGCAAUGAAGAACAAAGGCGUAAAAGAAGUGUUCGAAGAAGCUCUCUACAAUGGUUUGUAUCCUCCUGAUGUCAAGCAGGAGAAGAAGAAGUCGGGAUCAUGCAUGAUCCUUUAG